CCCGCCGAGCUGCGUCAGUCAGCCGCCCAGGAGCCCCAGGCAGAAGCUGUCAAGGACAGCGCGCGCCGGGAUCCUCUUGUCCUUGUCCCUUCUCGGGCUGGCUGGCUCAGCCUGCACCUUCAGGCGGUGGACGAGGCACGAGAAGGCGGGGCCGCAACUCUCUGGAGUCCCCGCCCGGCGCUUACAAACCUGAAAAACCGGGACGGACGUCAACUUUGGCUCCUGCCCACGCCACAGGUUUCGCAGGUCCCUGCCCGAGCGCGCGCCCUCGCCGCGCCUCCGCCUGGACGCCCGCCUAUUUAAACCGCUGGCCCCGGAGCCAGCCAGCUUCCACCCGGGCGCCCCGUGGACAACUCCACUGCCGGGACCAUGUCUGCCGAGUCUGCGAGCGGCCCCACCGAGGACCAGGUGGAGAUCCUGGAAUACAACUUCAACAAGGUCAACAAGCACCCGGACCCCACCACGCUGUGCCUCAUCGCUGCCGAGGCUGGCCUAUCGGAGGAGGAGACCCAGAAAUGGUUUAAGCAGCGCCUGGCCCAGUGGCGGCGAUCAGAAGGCCUACCCUCUGAGUGCAGAUCCGUGACGGACUGAGCAGAUGCCGGCAGGCCCCAGGCAGCCUCCGGCCUCCUGGCACGAAGACCGGGUGCCCCCACCCACCGGCUUCAGCAGGCUGCUUUGGUUUUGCAGUGCAGCACCAUGUGUCCGUGGCUAACCGUCUUGCUAUUUAACAACCGUGUUGUGUGUGUGUGUGAUGUACGGAACUAGAAAGUGUGUCCUGGGAGGCAAAGUGCAGAGCUCCCGUGGGAAGCUUGGCUUAGCUGGGGAAGCGGUGUGUGUUGUGUGGCCUGAAGGUCAUGCACAAAACAGGUGCGAGUGGGUGGGGUGGGGGCACCUGCAUUUCCUCUUGACCUUCACCUCCUAGUAGCCAUUUGCCCUUUCCGUCCGUCUUGGGGUCAUCCCGGCCUCUGAUGGAAGGGCAACACGGCAGAGCCGGGAAAUAGUUCCUGCUGAACCUGUUGUCUCUGUCAGCUUCCCGAUGUUCCAUUUCCUAGCUGACUGGGUGAGCAUGCAUGGGACUGUUUGAGUGACUCAGGUUCCCAUCCAAUGGGCCGUUGGCUGAUACCUGCGUGAACUUGGAAAGAACCCGGCCAGCCUAGAAGGCAGACAUUCUAACUGGGGAGAAACAGUCACA